AGUGUCUGUCACACUCACACUCACACACACAAUCGUUUCGGCACACUACCUUGAAUUUUUCAAGAUUUCACAUUUACCUUAACCAUUCACGUUCUAUCAAAAGAAAGAGAAACUGUCGCUGUUCGUUCCCUUCCUGGCGACUGAACCUGUGUGCGUCUGCCCCACAAGGUGGUGAUUCGACGCUGAGUGGUUUUAACCCCCCGUAUUUAAAACCUUAACUUCGCUGUGCUAAUCCACGUUGAACCUUUUCUUUUAUAUAUAUUCCAUAUAUAUAUAUAUAUAUAUAUAUAUAUUCCUUUUGUUUUCUAGAUGUAAGGCUGACGCUGAAAGUCAGCCUUGUUUAUGUUUGCAUCUCUUCUUUCGAUCGGUAUCACUGUGCUCUCCUAGUGUCGAAAGUAUACGGUUACUUUUGCAGGUGACGCCCCAUACAAACGAACAAACAAAAAGGGGGGCGCCGCCACGGAAGCGCUUCUUCUGGCAGCGCUUUACUAGUCCUGCGUUAUUAUUAUUAUUAUUUUCGUGCACGUUAGAAUCGAUUUCGAAAUUUAUUCGUGCUUAAGACGUUCCUCUCUUCAUUUCUGGCACAACAAGGUUCCUUUCACUCCAUCGUCGCCAUACACGCUGCAUCAAGCCGAUUCACUGGAUGCGGCGGUUGUCCCUCGCCGCCACUCGAAAGUGAAGUCAAAAGCCGCUAUCAUUCGGGAGCUCUCCGCUACGAUGAGCGCGUCCUCCUCAAGGUCGUCCUUGUCGCCGAGCUCGUCGAACACGCCGGUGCUGCCGCCGAUCGUCCCGUCGCAAAAUGCCGUCGUCUCGUCCCGCGUGGCGCCGCGAAUGAUGCGUCAGCAGCGAGCGCUGCCCUCCGUCGGCCGCGAGUUGUCCGCGCCGUGUGCGUCGAACAUGCCCACCUUUUACCCGCAAAGUCUGUGGUGGGACGCGCAGCAAGGCAAGGAGGACCUGGACAAGAUCGUGCGCAAACGCACGUACCGUAGCAGCGACUACCCGCCCAUGACGAUCGGCAAGUACGUGUCCGACCCGACGGGGAGGGACUUCUCGGAUCCCCGCUACGUCCCCAACGAAACCUCGGCUCCCGGUACGGCCCGCUCACGAUCUUCUUCCCGCCCCGCACGGCGGGCGGACGGCACCGCGGCCGGCCCGGCCAGUCGCACGUCGAGCGUUGCCGCAACGAACUACUCGACCUGCACCACCACCACUACCACCACGGCGACGUCCACCACGAAGAACUCUGACGAGGAGGAGGACGACUUGGCGCUGCGUGUGGCGGCCAAGCGCAAAGCCUACACGGUGGUAGUCCCGCUGUACCCCUCGUCGGCCGCCAGCUUCUACUUCCCUCCGUCGUACGCGCAGUCGUCUCGAGACAUGAGUGACCGGCGAGGGCCGCCGAGGAAGAUCAACGAGGACUUACACCCGAACGACCGCGCCGACAUGCCGCUGUCGUUUGUGCAGGUGCGAGAGAACAACAUGAACCGCAUGGGUCUCUAUAAGAUCGGUCCUGGCGCGGUGGCAUUCAACGCCGUCAUGAAGGCGUUUGAGGCGGCGGGGCUGAAGUACACGGACUCGAACAAGGACUUCAACGUGCUGUGGGCGAAGCGCGCCACCGUCUACACUCUGUCGUCAAUCAACGCGUAUCAGAAGGUGAACCACUUCCCUGGCACCUGGGGUGUGGGUCGCAAGGACCGCCUUGCCGCGAAUGUGCGCCGCAUGCAGCGCUACUUUGGUCGCGACGUGUUUGAUAUUGUACCGACGACGUUUUUAAUCCCACAGGACGAGGCCGAUUUGCGCCGCGACGCCGAGCAAGACCCCGGCACUCCGGAGAAGCCGCUCAUCUACAUCGUGAAGCCCGGCGCGUCGAGCUGCGGCCGUGGCAUUCAUCUGUUCCAAGGCAUACCGCCGAUGCCGCGUGGUGGGGGCCGAGAAAAGGAGAUGGUCUGCCAGCGCUACAUUGGCAACCCGCUACUCAUCUACGGCCGCAAGUUCGAUCUGCGCCUCUACUGCGUUGUCACCUCCUUCGACCCCCUCCGCAUCUACUUGUUCGACGAAGGCCUCGUGCGUUUCGCCGCGGAGAAGUACCGCGGGCCGGACCAGGACAUCGAGAACAUCCAUGUGCACCUCACGAACUACUCCGUGAACAAGACGGCGGAGCUGAGUCGAGAGAGCAACGGCAAAGAUUACGAGAGCGACGACCCGCUGGACAUUAAGUGGUGCAUUUCGGACUUCAAGCGGCACCUAGAGACGCACCACCCUCUCGGGCGGAGCGCGUGGGACCGCAUUCAGGCGGAGUGCGAGGAUGUCGUCAUCAAGACUUUCCUCAGCAUCGAGCACAGCGUCAUUGAGGAGGUGGGCCGCAACUGCGCCGAUCGCAGCGGCCGCAACUGCUUCGAGCUCUUCGGGUUAGAUUUAAUGGCCGAUGAUGAUCUGCACGUACGCCUGCUUGAGGUGAACAUCAUGCCCUCGCUCGCCACCGGCAGCUCACUGGACAAGGCGGUCAAGUCUCGCAUGCUGGCGCACAUGCUUACCCUCGUGCGGGUUAUUCCCUACCGCCGUGACAGCCAGCUCGACGCGGACAACUCGGAGGGCGUCUACGUGCCGCGUGGCAUCCAACGACAAACCGGCGAGCGCAGCUACAAGUUCGGCAAACAUCCGUUUCCAAGCUCCCGAAUCGUGGAGCAGCCGCUGCUGGCCGCCUUCAACGACCCGAGCGUCGAGGAUUCGUACCUGUCCAAGGCAGAGACCUUAAUGCUGCGCGAGUACGAGGAGGAGCUACAUUGCAGCGGCGGCUUCCGUUGCGUCUACCCGGCCGGCGAGACUGUGGAGCGCUACCUGCCGUUGUUCUUGCACGGUGUGCGCCGCAGCAACUAUGUGCUCGCUUCUGCGGCUGUGAUGAAAUCGCAAAAUCCAGGAAAACGGUUGUUUGAAUCCUGA